UAAUUAUUCAGGAAACGAGAACGAGCACGAUGUUCAGCCUCAUCCAGACCAGUCAGACAUCCAUCCUCAUCCUCCUAUCCACGAUCACCAUCCUACUCGUCCACAAGAUCCAUGGAUGGAGAACGACAGCCCGGAGGAAAGAGUCGAUCGCGAUCGUCGUGUUGGGCGACAUAGCCCGAAGUCCACGGAUCAUUCGACACGCGCUUUCGUUUGCAGACCAGCAAUGGUACGUGUCCAUCUUUGCCUACACAGCCUCUAAGCCUCCCAAGGCUCUCCUCCAACACCCCAACAUCAAGCUCGUCAAUCUCGCCGAAUUCCCCGACCGGAUCGUCUCCCGCUUGCCCAGGAUAUUCUUCGUGCUCGUGAUCGGCCCGGCGAAGGCCCUCUAUCUCAGCGCCAAUUUGAUGUGGGCUCUGCUGCUCAAAGCCAACCAAUCUUCAUACAUCAUGGUUCAAAAUCCGCCAGCCAUUCCAACCCUCCCAAUCGUCCAACUGGUCAGAUUAAUGAUCGGCUCGAAAUUGGUCAUUGAUUGGCACAACACAGCCUAUUCGAUUCUAGCACUCAAGUUCGGAACCGAACGGCAUCCGAUGGUCCGACUAGCCAAAUGGACAGAAGCCACGUUCGGCAAACAUGCUACUCUGCAUCUCUUCGUCACCCAAGCAGAGAAACAAAGUUUAUCUGAAAUGUGGAAUUUACAAGGGAUCAAAAAAGUAUUUUACGAUCGGCCGACUAAGUCUUUCUGUCGUUUGACGGUGUCUGAAAUUCAUUCAUUCUUCAGGCGGUCUUCAUUCAAUUGUGACUCGAUUUUACAAGAGAUGUUCAUUGAAGGAAGCUUGCACAACGAGACCUUACUGACAUAUGAAGAUGAUGAAGAUGAGAAGAGAGUGAAGAUGAAGAAAAGCAGACCAGCGCUGAUAGUGUCGUCAACCUCAUGGACGAUGGACGAAGACUUCAGUCUGUUAAUUGACGCCCUAUCACUAUACGCCCAAAGAACCAAACCCUCUUCUCACCCCCGAAAGCUCCCGAAAGUACUAUGUCUGAUCACGGGAAAAGGGCCAUUAAGGGACGAGUAUCUGAGGAUAAUCGAGCGACGAUCGCGGGAGGAAGGAUGGAAAGCGUCGGGGAUAGUCUGCCAAUCGGUCUGGUUCGACGACCCCGACGAUUAUCGGAUGUUGUUGGGCGCGGCCGACCUGGGCAUCAGUCUUCAUCAGAGCUCGUCUGGCUUCGAUUUGCCCAUGAAAGUCGUCGAUAUGUUCGGCUGUCGGUUGCCCGUCUGUGCAAGGAACUUCUCCUCGAUUUCGGAGCUGGUCAAACAUGGUCAAAAUGGCUUGGUCUUUGAUUCUGCUACUGAAUUAUCUGAACAAUUAGAGGAACUUUUACGCGGAUUGAAUUCUACAGAUGAGGAGGAACCGAAGACUGACGCUUACACUUUACGAAGCUUACAAGACGGGAUCGAAAACACGGUUUAUGGGCCUCCCAAUCUCCCAGAUGACCAGGCUCAACUUGGAUCCCAUGAUCCUAGUAGGUCUUCUUGGUCUUGUUGGGAAGAUCAUUGGAACCAACAUGUCCUCCAAACCAUUCUUCAAACUCUUUGAAAAAAUCAUCUUCUGAGUACUUGUUCAAUUAAAGGUCGAUGUUUGUUGAAUAAUUAAUGUCACCGAUCAUGUAGAUAUAAGAAAAUCAAUUGUUUGGACACUAGAGAUAAAAUUCCUAAGCAUAAUAGGUUGAUAAGGGAUUCAUUCUGGCACCUUGUGCAAUCAGUCUAUUAUCAUGAGUACAAUCAAUCCGCUAGGAGGGCUCUUAUGCUGAUUUCUUUUGGUUGGAUGUCAU